GUUAAUUUCAGCCAUAAUAACUGCUCCGAAAAACUAGCUCACGUUGCUGUCGCGAUCCUCUCGUGUCUCUACCAUCGAACUCUGUAUGAUAAUAUAGAAUUAUAUCAUAUAGAAUUUAAUGGUCUCUAGGCGCUCGUGUCUAGAAGUUUGUGAAUAAAACUAACCUCGAAUAGUUCUCACGUGCCUAAAAUGUUGAUAACUACUAUCAACAUCAUAUUACAAGUAGUAAAUAAUGUUACGGAAUAUUUAGAUUUAGAUUCGUUUUAUAUUAUAAGAUUUUUAUACCCGUAUUGAUAUAUAAAGGUCAUUAUAAAUAACUAUGGAUAGUUGGGAGUCACUGAAUAUUCAGCCUGAAAUAUUAAAUGCUCUAAAGUUAAAAAAUUUUACAAAGCCUACAAAAAUUCAAUUGGAAUCAAUUCCUCCUGCUAUUCAUGAUCAGAGAGACAUACUCGGAGCUGCAGAAACUGGCAGUGGUAAGACUUUAGCAUUUGCAAUACCUAUUUUAAAUGGGAUUCUUAAAGCAAGAUUAGCUGAUAAAGUUUCGGAUUACUCAGAUUCGGAUCUAAAUUCAAACUUGAAUUCAGAUUCUGAAAAUGAGAGUGAACCGGAAGUCCUGGAAGAGCUUGAUGAAAAUGGUUUGGGUUGUGUAGCUGUUGUUAAUUUACCAUCAGAUAAUAUUGUAAGUACAAACAAGAAACUAUGGGCUGUUAUACUUGUGCCUACCCGUGAGUUAGCCAUGCAAGUAAAAAAUCACAUUGAUGAUGUAGCGAAAUUCUCCGAUAUAACUAUUGCAGCCAUUGUCGGUGGAAUGUCUAGUGAAAAACAAGAAAGAAUUUUAAAGAAAGGCCCAGAAAUUGUUGUUGCAACUCCAGGACGUCUUUGGGAAUUAGUGCAGAGAAAUGAGCCACAUUUAAUGCACUUGAAUAAAGUAAAGUAUUUUGUUAUUGAUGAAGCGGAUCGUAUGGUUGAGACUGCUCAUUUUCCUGAGUUACAUCUUAUGCUAGAAAAAAUUAAUUUGAAAAGAAAUAAUAAACGACAGAAUUUUGUGUUUUCUGCAACACUUACAAUGGUUCAUAAAGCACCAUAUAGGGUGAACAUUAAACAUAAAAAAAAAAUUAAAAAAAAUUUGUCCCCAGAAGAUAAAUUGAAAAGUUUAAUACAACUUAUUGGCAUGAAGAAUCCACAUGUAGUAAAUCUUACUACUGCAAAUUGUGUUACCAGUUCAGUAAAAGAAAUGCAAGUUAUGUGUUCGGUUAUGGAAAAGGAUGGGUAUUUAUAUUAUUUUUUGAAACAAAAUCCCGGUAGAAGUUUAGUGUUUUGCAAUAGUAUAAGUUGUGUAAAAAGACUUGCAAGUGUCUUAAGUAUACUUAAAUUAAAUCCAUUACCUAUACAUUCAAAUAUGAUUCAGAAACAAAGACUUAAAAAUUUAGAUAAAUUUCGAGCCAAUGACCAUGGAUUAUUACUUGCAACCGAUGUAGCUGCAAGAGGUCUUGACAUUGUUGGUGUUAAUCAUGUAAUUCAUUAUGAUGUUCCAAGAACUGCUGAAAUAUAUGUACAUCGUAGUGGUCGUACAGCUAGAGCAUCAAAUGUUGGUUUAUCACUUUUAAUAUGUACCCCGAAUAAAAAGAAUAUUUACCUAAAUGUGUUAAGAACUAUGAAAAGGGAAAAAGAAUUACCUAAAUUAGAAGUAGAAAUGUCAAAUAUUCGAAAGUUCCUUGUUGGUGUUAAACUUGCACAAGAAAUAUCCAUGAUGGAAGAUAAAGUAAAGAAAGAAUCAGCAUCUACAAGUUGGUUUAAUAAAGCUGCUGAAGAAAUGGAAAUUUUAUUAGAUGAAGAUGAAAUGCCAAAGGGAAUGGGUACAAGUGAUCUACAAAAACAUAAAAAACAAAUUAACUCUAAACGUAAACAAUUAGAAAGGCUUUUAUCUAUAGUAAAAUAAUUAUUUGUUUAUAUUUAUACAUUAUAUUUUUAUAUAAAUAAAAGUUCUUACUAAUAUUCAAUUAAAUUUUAUUUAGAAUACAAAUGUAUUUCUAUUGCUACAUUUAAUCAAUUCAAUACAUUCAAUUAAGAUUGCU